AUGGAGUUUGACCCUUGGAGAGACUACCUCCAACUUAAUCUGGUGAUCCGAGAAAUGGCAAAAAGCAGAAGUAUUGGUCAACCACCUGUCGCCAGCAGUCACCUGAGUCCUGCCCUGGUUGGUGCAACAACAAUGGCCAACAAAAAUGAUGGAGAUCCUAACAAUCCUGGCAUUCAACCCACAUCAAGCGUUGCUCUUGGUGAAUUUAAGCCACCGGAUGAGAUGUGUAACUUCUGCAAGCAUAAUGGCGAAUCGCGCUUAGUUUACACUUCCCAUGCUUUGAAGAGUCCCGGAGGGACAGUGGUGUGCCCUGUCCUAAGGAAGUAUGUCUGUCCUCUGUGUGGUGCAACGGGAGAUUCUUCCCAUACUCUGAGCUAUUGUCCUCUCAACGAGGAAAAACACUCCCUCUACCGAAAGAGUGGACGAAACUCAGCUGGACGCAAACUGAGGCGUUAAUUUAAUGAUGCCCUCCAUGAAGAUCUCUAAUGUUAUGUUCUUGCAGUAUUUUUCAACAUGAAGGAAAGGUGAAAUCUUCAACUCUAUUCUCGAUGAGGGAUGAACCCUGAAUUAAAGG